AUGCCAGCCACUUCAUUAACAGCCCUGGAAGGCCAGAAGGCCAAUGAUUCCAGCGUCGGGGAUCUGAGCGAGCGACUCACAGACGUCAAGAUCGGCGUCAGCGAGAACACUGCCAUGGAGAACCUGACAAAGGAUCUGGCUUCCAAAUGGGAGCCGUACGGUGCUCAUUCUUCUCAACCAAAAGCGAAGUCCAACCUUCUAGCAAAGACGACCAAAGCAGCUGGCGCGUUUUGA